GAGGGAUGGCAAGUGUGUAAGUAACUAUACAGAGUUUGCACACACGUCCUUCGCUCAGUCUGAGUCAAGUUUGCAGAGCGGUGCGCAGCUAUAUGCAAUGGCGCUGGUCGCGCCGAUGUGACUCCCCGUUACAGCGUAGUAGACGAGUACAGGACUCCGAAUGUAGACGCUUGGAAGUUGUCUCCCCGCUUUGUUCAAGCCGUACGUCACUGAUAUCGUUGGAAUAUCUGUUACCAUUUAGGUGAUCGGUUGGUGUUUAACCGUAACCGGACGCCGCUCGUCGGCGUUGUCGAGCCCUAUAGGGCAUAAUUUGCCAAGAGGUAUGGGAGAUAUCUUACCCGCUAAGAGGCAAGCUAUUGUUGAAAGAUUACAACGAAGAUUCGAAAAGUAUCGACGUCAUCAAAAUGCAUGCCUCCCCCGUUACGAACAUUCAAUUAGCGGUAUAUGCGAUCAGCAUCGUCAAGAGGCACUCUUAUUAAGGCAACGUUAUAUCGAAAACAAAGUUAAGAAGUCGAAACGCUGCGAAAAUCAAAGUUUAAGUAAGGAUUUUAAGCAAGAACGUGCAAUUUCAAAUAUAUUCCUUUCGCAGUCAAAAACGAAUAAAAGACAGGCGAAGGGUCCGGGCGCAACUCUUCAAACAGAUCAAAAUUGCGAAGAUCACGAGCACCAAGUCAAAAUUUCUCGAAAUAACAGAACUGCGGAUUGUCAGGAAACAACGACGAUACCAAGUUUCUCCGUUCAGAUAGUUCAACAGUUCACUAAUACAUCAAAUUCUUGUCAAACACCGCAUUCCCAAACCAUACAAACUAAUGUAACAGUGAAAGCUGUGACUGGUAAUCUCAAAAACUCUUCGUCACCUUUGGCCUCUGCAACGAGUAGCGUGUCUACCAACGGUGCUGACAUUUCUGUUGGAACAAACAUCGAGUGUAAACAGGAGAAAGAAGUUGAUUACAAUAUUAAUAAUCGGACUAACGGUACCACUGAUCGCUUCCCUGAUACUUUCCCAACUUUAGGUUUCCCGGAAGAUUCGGCGGAUGAUGUUAUCCAUCCGGAUAUACUUAAAGACUUGAUCGAUGACGUAUUCACCAAUCCCACAGACCUGAUGAAGGAUUUCAAUUUUGAGGAAUCGGCUAGUAAAGACGGUGAGGAAACGGACAAGAAUCUGGAAUGUAGUGGAAGUGUAAUGGAGGUGGGUGGAAAAACCAAUUCUUCUACCACAGCUUCUCAAAUUCACUUCCCUCCCACACCACCCAUGAUAUCACCCUUCUCCGGUAAUCAAUCGGCAUCUCCAUUGUUCGAUUCGUCAACUCCUGUCAUGACGACGACCCCGUCGACUCCCCCUUACCCACCCAAUCCACGUGUUCAACCCUACACUCAUUCUUCGCCACUAAGUAUGAACUCGACUCUUGGUUUAGACUUUAAAUUAACAGAACCAAGCCCUGCUGCUCAGACAUUGAAACAGAUGGCUGAACAGCAUCAGAGCAUGCAGCAAAAGCAGCAACAAUUGGGUUUAGGUUUGGGUUCUCCUCACUCACGUUCGCCCUUUGCAACCGAUGCUUUCGCCGAUCCUCUCUCGCUACCCUCGAUGAGAUCGGGUUUCAUAAACGGGACUUCGACACACCUCAAUCCUUUGCAGAAAUCUCCAGGUUCUCUUUAUCCACCAAUGGCUUACGUGCCUCAAUCGGAUUUCUCUUGCAUCAGGACUCAGCCGGGGACCGUCAUGUACAAACACGAAAGUAAUGACAAUUUGUUUCCCGGUAUGGACGGGAUGGGCCAUAUUCCCGAGGUGGGAAUGCACAAGAGGCAACAGGUUUUACUCCUCCAGCGGAUAAAUUCGGAUGGUAAACAGAAUUUGAGUUUUACAACGGAUCAUAAACCUCAAUACGGAGGUACUAGACCUUUGAGCCACUUCACAGAUUCUUCUGUAGGAAGCCCAAUUUCUGGCCAGUUUACUUCCGGACAAAGGCCCCCUUCCGGUCCAAGUUUGCAGAUGUCUCAAGCUCAACAAAUUACGCAACAAAAUCUGCAGGUAAGUGUCAUUUUAAGCAUUUCUUCUUCGUUUUCUUCCGCACGGAAAUUAAGCUUAUGUAACACCUUCGAGAGGUGAAAUUCUCAUGUUUUUAUGGUAUUGCUGGCAUUUCUUUUUGCCACGUGUGUUUAUGGUAAUGUUGACGAUCAGACUUUCAAUUAAUGAAAUCUUUCAAGUGGAAAAUAUAUUUUAAUUCGUAAAUUUUUGUUAAAAAGUAUCUUCCUGAAGGACACUCCAUUAUCGCUUUGAUUAUAAGUAACUUCAGAUAACGUUGUUAUCAAGCACGCUGCGAUCAUUCUGUAGUUUAUACAGUUGUGUACAGUAUCAACGAAAUAUCCUGCUUGAUAUUAAUUAAACAUUAUACACGUAUACAAGUAAAAUUAUAGAAGCACACUCAAAGCAUCUUCUAAUUAAAGUUUCCAUUAACAGAAUCGUAUUAAAGAAAUCUAGAGCUAUGCUCUUAUAACAAAAUACAUCAUAAACCCGAUUUAACGCUUCGCAUUUUAAAACAUUUCCCCGCAUUCUGCGCUAUUCUCGGGUCAUUUAUUUAUCUAGAAAUAAGUAACUUUUAAAAAAGCAAAUGUUUCGGCUGUACAGCAAAUACAGCAAAGCAAACCCCGAUUUAACGCUACGCAUUUCAGAACGUUUUCUCGCAUUUUGCGCCAUUCUCAAGUCAUUUCUUAAUCUAAAACUUGGGUUAAGAAAACUUUCUAAAGAGAAUUUCGUGAAAUAUUGCAAUUUACUUCAAGAAUUAAUAUUAUUUUUUUUUGGCAUUUUUAACAAAGACAAUAAUAGAAUCUCCGACAUAGCGUAUUAUUCUUAAGAUAAUCGUUAUACCCGUGAAGCAUACGACUCAAAAGUUAGUAGGAGUAACUUUUAGAUCAUUUUCUCACGUGCCUGUACGCAUAAAAAGUAUCUAAAGUUAACUUUUACCGCAUAAAGAAUGGCAGAUUAUUCAUAAACAUAAGCGUAAUUUUCUUUUAAACAACCAGGUUUUUAAUUAAUAUUAUUUAUUGCACGUGUACCUUGUAG